AUGCUUCGUCUUCUGGUUAUCUCGGUCCUCUUUGCUACAGCUCUCGGGUACCGUCUAACAGAGUACACAGGCGAGCGCUGCACAAGAGCUGAAGCUGGAGUUCAUCGACUUGCAGGACCUAGUGCGUGCAGCAAACUCAGCAAUGUCAAUGCAAAGUCAAUACUAGUGAAAAUUGAUAAUAUCUACGAUGACCAACAUUCCGUCAUUGUCUACGAGAAUGACAACUGCACAGGAUCCAUCCUCGGAGUCAUUAAUAAUAUGAACGGCUGCAUGAACCUACAUUACCUCAACAACAUCGUCGGCAGGUCCGUCAAGGUGAUCUCCGGUACCGUGGAAUCCGAAGUACUUAAAAAUGAAGGCUUCGAGACCAAUCACCUAUACAAUCUUCCUGCGCAGGAUGCAAACCACAUCAUGGUCCCGAUCGCCCAUGCUUUCUUCCGCACUGUUGAUAUAUCCCACCACGCGGACGACGGUACUUACGACGACGAAUCCUUUGACAUGUUCGAAACCACUGAACUCGAUCAUGUCCUCCGCUUGCAGAGCAGCGUCACCAUGCCCCUCGCAGAAUCCGCCAGCUCAACAUCCAUCCGUCUUGAAAGGGCCGAUUUACUCGAGCGGAUAUUAGGAGGGUUGGAGGGGUUGGAGGCGGCAGCGAAGUCAUUCGCGAUGCAAGUGUCAGAGAAAAUGAGGGUUAUCUAUAGUUCGUCGGCCUACCGCGCAGAGGAACUGGAGGAUAACUUUGAAAGUGCCACCGAGCGAGCAUCAAGCAGGGGAGAUUCCGACUUCUCACACUCCCAGAAGAAGAUGGGACGUCUGGUCAGGAGAUUGAUGGACUCGGCUCAGUCGCAGGGCCUUAUCAACGCGCAAUGGCAAGUGAAAGAUAAAUGUGACAGGACGUGGGAGGUGACACUCAAGAUGAGGGAACACAAUGAGGAUGAGGGCAGGUCAUUUUGGAAUAGCCAUGGAGUCUCCUAA